UACAGCGGGCGGCUCGGGCUGUGAUAUGAGGCGCGGGUCUGCACUUUCAGAGACAAAGGGAGCAGAAGAAGAGAAAAGAAAUAAAGAAAGAAACAGAGCAUCAAGGAGUCAAAGUGUCGGUCAAAAGGACCAUCUAUCCCAGUUCCAUACUCAUGCAGUGAGGUCUCUAAGGGCCUCCAGGCCAGGGUUGUCCACGUGAGAAGGGAAUCUUAGAAGAGAAGAGCAGGCACUUGGAGGAGAGAGAAGAGUUUUACAUACAGCAAUGGCCUCACUCAGUUAUGAUGGCAUGGUUAAAAGACUGGAGCACAUUAAGCAAGAGGACUGUGAGGGGGGUUCCCCAGAGGAUGUGUGUGUGAAGUCAGAGGAUUGCGAAAGAGGAAUUUCAUUUUUUAAGGAGGAGGAGGAGUCUGAUGGAGAAAUUGUUCAGGUUAUGGUUGGGGAUUCUGACGAUUUCUCGGUUCACCUUGAACUGCAAAAGCAUGAAACUGGAAAUGUUUUCAAGCAGGACAUUUGUGAAGAAUCACAUUCCACUUUGCAGCCCUGGGUCACAAAUACAGGAUACCUGGCUACCCAGCAGAAUUCUAUAGAGCUGAAAUCUGAGUUUGAAGAAAAAAUCAGUGAAGGAGAUGGGAAAGACGAAGAAGAGCAGCAGCCAUCUAGGAGCUUUGGGAUAAAUUUCCAUGACAUUGGCAACUUCUCCCCAUCUUUAUUUGCGGAGACUUCUCCUCUGUAUAGACUGCAACCCAUGCAGGACGAGAGGAAGAUGACAAAAUCAACAAGAGGAUCAGAGAAUUUGACAGCAGCUUCUUUGCAGUGUAGUUCUUUUUCUGUAAUAGAAACCAUCAAUGCUGACCAACAACUCAUGUAUUACGCAGACCAACAGGGUUUGCAUGCUGGACAAGAGUGUGGACAAACUUUUAAAAACAAGUCAGACUGUAAAGACCUCAAGUCGGCUUAUACAGGAGAGAAGCCACACUGCUGUUCUGAAUGUGGUAAACGAUUCCUCUAUAACAGCAGGCUUCAGGCACACCUAAGAAUUCAUACUGGAGAAAAACCUCAUUGCUGCUCUGAAUGUGGCAAGCGAUUUUCUGACAGUUAUAGUCUCAAAAAACAUAAAAGAAUCCAUACUGGAGAAAAGCCUUAUGGCUGUGCUGAAUGUGGAAAAACAUUCAUUAAAAGUAGUGCACUUCACAGCCACUCAAGAAUUCACACUGGAGAAAAGCCAUAUUGUUGUGCUGAAUGUGGAAAAAGAUUUUCGGACAGUAGCAGUCUCCAAAGACAUAAAAGAAUCCACACUGGGGAAAAGCCCUAUGGUUGUACUGAAUGUGGCAAACGAUUCGCUGACAGUAGCACUCUCCAGAGCCACACAAGAAUUCAUACAGGAGAGAAGCCAUAUGGCUGUGCUGUAUGUGGGAAAAGAUUUGCCACCAGUAGUCGCCUUCACCAGCACUCACAAAUUCACACUGGAGAGAAGCCAUUUUACUGUUCCGAAUGUGACAAAAGAUUCUCCAGCAGUGGCGCUUUUCGUAAGCACACACAAAUUCAUACUAGAGGGAAGCCAUAUUGUUGUUCUGAUUGUGGCAAACAUUUCACCACCAGUAGCACUCUUCGCCAGCAUACACUAAUUCAUACAGGAGAGAAACCAUAUUGCUGUGGUGAAUGUGGCAAAAGAUUCUCUAGCAGUAGUUCUCUUCGACAGCAUGUGCAGAUUCACACUGGAGGAAAGCAUUAUGCCUGUUCUGAAUGUGAGAAACGUUUUACAAACCGUAGCGGUCUUCAGUGUCACAAAAGAGUUCAUACAGGAGAAAAGCCUUAUUCCUGCUCUGAAUGUGGCAAACAAUUCAACAGAAGUAGUAGUCUUUGGCAACACACGCGAAUUCAUAUGGGAGAAAAGCAAUAUGGCUGUUCUGAAUGUGGCAAACGAUUCUCCCAUAGCCGCAGUCUUCAGAAUCACAUAAAAAUCCACACUGUUCUGCAGUUUGUAACUGAGCUUGGACUGCCGAAGAGAAGAGCAGACAGUUGUAAAGAGAGAAGAGUUUCACACGGAGCAAUGGCCUCAGGCAAUGGGAAUGGCACGGCUGAGCGACUGGAGCCCUUUAAGCAAGAGGAUUGUGAGUGGGGCACCCCGGAGUAUUUGUGCGUGAAGGUGGAGGAUUGCGAAGGAGCAAUUUCGGAUCUCAAAGAAGAGGAGUUUGAAGUGGAGCUGGUUCAAAUUAAAGAUGAGGAUUCUGAAGAUUUGCCAGUUAGCUUUGAACUGCAAAAGCAUGAAAGCGGGAAUAUUUUCAAGCAAAAUACUUCUGAAGAUUCUUAUUCUGGUGUGCAGCCUUGGUUUACUAAUACAGGGCAGCUGGUUACCCAACGUAAUUUUGUGGAGCUGAAAUCUGAGAUAUCCAAGUUUGAGGGGAAAAUCACUGAAGGAAACGGCAGAGAAGCAGAAGAGCAGCAGUCGUCUAGGAGUUUUGAUGUGCAGGCGAAUGACAGCUUCUCACCGGCAUCAUUUGCUCAGACUCCUCUUCAGCGUAGACUACAACACAAACAGGACACAGAGAAGAUGAAAAAAUCAACAAAAGGAUCAGGGAAUUUGACCUCCGUUUAUUUGAAGUGCGGUUCUCUUCCUGCUGCCACAUCUAAACAGAGAGAAGCCCUCAACUCGGACAAACAAGAACUUCCUAGCACAGAUCAAGAGGCCUUGUGUGCUGGCCAAGAAUGCAGAAAAACAUUCCAAAACAAAUCUGAGUGCAACAAUCAAACAUUGAAUCAUACAAGGCUGAAACCGUAUUGCUGUUCUAAAUGUGGCAAACGAUUCUCUUACAGCAAUGAUCUCCAAAAACAUACAAGAGUCCAUACUGGAGAAAAGCCAUAUGGCUGUACUGUAUGUGGCAAAAGAUUCUCUAACAGCAGUAAUCUCCAAAAGCAUACAAUGAUUCAUACUGGAGAAAAGCCUUAUGGCUGUUCAGAAUGUAGCAAAAGAUUCUCUUAUAGCAGUGAUCUCCAUAAACAUACAAGAAUCCACACUGGAGAAAAGCCAUACGGUUGUUCUGAAUGUGGUAAAAGAUUCUCUCACAGUAGUGACCUCCAAAAGCAUACAAGAAUUCACACUGGGGAAAGGCCCUAUGGCUGCUCUGAAUGUGGUAAAAGAUUCACCAACAGUAGCCACCUCCAGCAUCACAAAAGAACUCAUACUGGAGAUAAGCCCUAUUGCUGUUUUGAAUGUGGCAAAAGGUUCUCCAAAAGUAGCAAUCUUCAGCAUCACACAAGAAUUCAUACCGAAGAAAAGCCAUAUUGCUGUGUUGAAUGUGGCAAACGAUUCUCUUCCAAUAGUGGUCUCCAAACACAUACAAGAGCCCACACUGGAGAAAAACCGUAUGACUGUGCUGAAUGUGGCAAAAAAUUCACCAAUAGUAGCAACCUUCAGCGUCACUCAAGAAUUCAUACUGGAGAGAAGGCAUAUUGUUGUACUGAAUGUGGCAAACGAUUCACUGACAGUAGUGGCCUCCGCAGACAUAUAAGAGUUCACGCCAGAGAAAAUCGGUAUGGCUGUGCUGAAUGUAGCAAACAAUUCCCUGACAGUAGUUCUCUUCAGCAGCAUACACAAAUUCAUACCGGAGAAAGCGAUAUUGGUGUUCUGAAUGUGGUAAAAGAUUCUCUCAUAACUGCGGUCUUCAGAAUAACAUAGGAACUCACACUAUUCUGCACUUCUAAAAUGACAGAAAAGUUUCCCAUAACAGCAACUUUCACAAUCAAUCAAAAAAGGUCACAUUGCACAAAAUGUUAAAGGUAAAGGAUUCACACUUGUGAUUUUCACAGCAAAUUAAGGUUUAACAGUGGAAAAAAGUCUUGUGGUUGUAUUGAGUGUGGUAAAUAAUUCUCAGAGAGCAGUGGACUUCAUUGAUGUACAAAAAUUCAUAAUUUUUGUUGACCACAUGAUGAUUCACACUGGAGACAACCUUAAGGAGUAUGAUGAAGGGAAAAAAAAAAUGAGGAAGGAAGGAGCCAACACUACAUGUUGUAACUAAUGACAUCUUGAUGUGUACCAUUACAUGGUAGGCUUAAAUGUGUAUGACGUGUACCACAUCUCAUCAAGGUGAAUGUACUUACAACACACAGUAUGAAAAGGAUUCAACAAAAUAAUUUGAAGUGGCUUAACCUCUUCCACUUAGUGCCAUCCCUGCAUUAAGGACCAGUCAGGCACCAGAUGGCACUGUUGUGCAAAGCCUGUAAUAAGCUUCCCUUAGUAAUGUCAAUUUAUUUAAAUGUUUAUAGCAAACUUAAACUAAGUCUUAUUAAUUAUUCCUUUUCUGAUUUCCCAUCAUAUGCAGUUUCUUAUCCAGAAUUGGCCGUGGGAAAUUGUCUUUCCGUGUGGUGCUGUUAGCUUGCUUGUGGCUCCUUAGGCUCAACCUUUUGACCCUUUAGUAUUCAUUAAUAACGCGUGUGCAUACGGGCAACUUGAACUUUUAGAUUUACCAGGGGGCCUGAAGGCUACAGCCCACCUUAUUGUCGGCAGAAAAACGAACUCCACUACAUCUGAUCUUAUUUGUUCUCACUUCCAGUUUGAGGUUUGCUCAGUCAAGGAUAUGCAGCACAAGCCGGUGAUGAGCAAUGAUAAGGCCAGGACUAUUUAUGUCAUUCAAUGUUGUCAAAAUAAUUUGAAAAGAAAAUUGAAUACCAGGAAAGCUUUGAUACGAGACAUGCUGAUGAGCAGGAUGUACUGCAACUGGGCAGCACUUUUUGAUUUUCAGCCCUCAGCUGUAAUGGUAAGGAUGGUUAUCUCUAAAGGCACAAAACGGUUUAAAAGUCAUCCUGAAUAAAUUUUUUAAAGGCCUGAAUAAGUUUAGUGACUUCUUAAAACGUAUUUUCAGGAUUAAAACAUUUUGUCAGUAA